AAAGUGCACUUUGUAAGAAAGUGAAAGUUAAUAGUUACUCUAUAAUGCAGAUGUUCCUUUCCUUCCUUCAUUUUCUGGAAUGUUAAUGCAUGUUAAAUGAAGUACUCAAGUUAAGAUUUAUAUAAUAUUAAAGUAAAAUACAUUAGGACUACGUGCACAAUGCAUCAGGAGAAGUCUCUGUGCAGAAGCAGGCACAGGCCAGCAUCAAAGGUCUGCCUGAAAAUGAUGAGCCCAGAAGACAAAAAAGUGACACGUGUGGAAACUCCAUCCUUUUCUGAACCAGGGACAUCUGGGCUCUACAGUAAGAACAAUUUACAAAUAUGUAAAAAAUUGUUCUGGAAAGACGUUGAAAGCAGUCCUGAUUCUCAAAACCAUAAGCAGAUAGAAACUACUGAAAAUUCACCAAACUAUAGUUUUGCUUCAUCUGAAUGUUCAGAGAAGAAAUCUGUAAACCAGUCUCUGAAAUGCAAAAGAAAAAGUGUUGGCAAUGAAGAAGGGGGGAAACUAAUUUAUUUCAAGGCAAUUUCUGCAUUAUUUGGAAAAGACGUACUAAGUAAAUAUCAGAAGAAAUCUGAAAAAGAAAAGAGAAAUCAGGAUAAUGAAGAUGUUGAAGAGCACAAGACAGCUCAUGGAAAAUAUUCUUUUCCCUCACCGGGGACAAACGAUAAAAAGAAACUGUUAGAGAGGGAACAUAAUGUGAGUAAUACUGCUCCUCUGGACUUCAGGGAUGUAGAAUACAAAAGAGAGGUCAGUCUUCCAGAAAAGUUUAACAAGGACAUUGUAUCAAAAGAAGAUGAAUUAGAUGAUCCUGACUGGUCAGAUGAUGAUGGUGACAAAAUUGAUGUAAAGACUUUUUCACAAGAUGUAUUUUGCUCUAACUCAACACAUUUGAAGAAGGACCAACAUGAAGAAUCAACAUUUUCAAAUGAGAGUUAUGGCAGCCCUUUCUACAUGUCUAAUUAUUGGAGCAGCCCACAGGAGGACUGUAACACGGGCUUCCAGAACAGCAUACAGGCUUCUCCUUUGACUGACACAUGGGGCAGUUCUUGUUACCAAGAAAACAGCAAUAGUAACAAUGUUAAUUACUAUGCUUACUACCCCCAGAGCAGUCCUUUGGCACCCGUUGACCUCAUAGAUGUCACAUCCCCCAUUUAUCAUAGUUCUCCUCUGCCUAUUUUUUCCUCUGAUUUGAACUUUUCAGUGAAAAAUAUGAGCAUAAGAAAAAAAUAUUCACAAGACACUUGCAGUAGAUUGUUACGUGUGGAUGCCGAUUAUACGUCUCAGGAAGCUGAUGCAGAAAAUGUACAUGAUUUUUUAGAAAUGUCAAAGAAACGGCAUAGGCAUGGGUUUAUUGACACCCAUUGUCACUUGGAUAUGCUUUUUGCUAAACUGGCUUUUAAGGGAUCUUUUUCCAGCUUUAAGAACAAAUACAAGAGCACCUUCCCAACUGAAUAUGAGGGGUGCAUAGCUGACUUCUGUAAUCCAAGGUACUUGAUCAAUGAUCACUUAUGGGAGAGUUUGCUCGCAGAAGACCAAAUUUGGGCAGCUUUUGGCUGUCAUCCACAUUUUGCAAAGUACUAUUCGGUUGCACAGGAGAGCACUAUCCUCAAUGCAAUGAGACAUCCAAAAGCAGUAGCAUUUGGUGAGAUUGGACUCGACUAUUCCCACAAGUGUUCCACGGACAUCUUAAAGCAGCACAAGGUAUUUGAACGACAGUUACGUUUGGCUGUAGACAUGCGAAAGCCAAUUGUUAUUCACUGCAGAAAUGCGGACAAGGAUUUGUUGGAGAUUAUGAGGAAGUUUGUACCUAGAGACUACAAAAUCCAUCGGCACUGUUUUACAGACAGCUACGAUGUAAUAGAGCCUUUUCUACAGGAGUUUCCUAAUCUGUCUGUAGGAUUCACUGCACUUGUUACUUACUCAAGUGCUGCCAAAGCAAAGGAGGCUGUGAAAAAGAUACCAUUGGACAGAAUAAUCAUAGAAACAGAUGCUCCUUAUUUUUUACCUCAAAGAGUAUCGAAGAAUGUAAUUAAGCAUUCACAUCCUGGCCAUGGUUUGUGCACUAUCAAGGAGAUUGCCAAAUUGAAGUCCGAAAAACUGUCCACAGUGUUAUCAGUAUUGCGUCGAAAUACCAUUGAUUUAUAUGGUUUAUAACUUUGAAGAACUCUUUCGUGGUAUUUGUGACAAAUGGAUAGAUCCUAGAACAAUUACUUAAGAAAUCAGAUGUUAGUUGCAUUAUGUUUACUGUCGGUUUUCUUUAUAAGGAACAAGUUGUCAAAGUUUAAGUAAGUUUUGUUCAAGGCAGUAGUGGCUUCUGCAUACCAGUUAUACAAAGAUGGAUGGAUAUUU